AUGGAGGUAACGAUGGACCCUUUAUUUCUAGCGUGGAGCUAUUUCAGAAGACGGAAAUUUCAGCAAUGCUCCGAUAUUUGCUCAAAAAUAUUAGAGGACAGCCCCUACGAUCAGGCUGCAUGGAGUCUGAAGACCCGCGCUCUGACAGAGAUGGUAUACAUAGAUGAAGUUGAAGUAGACCAGGAGGGGAUUGCUGAGAUGAUGCUAGAUGAGAGCUCAAUUGCUCAGGUUGCACGCCCUGGAACAUCACUGAGGCUCCCUGGAACAAGUCAUGGCGGAGGCCCCACACCAGCUGUCAGGCCGAUGACACAAUCAGGGCGUCCCAUCACAGGAUUUGUGAGACCCAGCACACAGUCAGGGAGACCUGGGACAAUGGAACAGGCCAUCAAAACCCCCCGCACAGCCAGCACUGCUCGUCCUGUCACUAGUGCUUCAGGGAGAUUUGUCCGCCUUGGAACGGCAUCCAUGCUAACAAAUCCAGAUGGGCCAUUUAUCAACUUGUCAAGACUAAAUUUGACCAAGUAUUCCCAAAAGCCCAAUUUAUCCAAGACAUUGUUUGAGUACAUCUUCCACCAUGAAAAUGACGUUAAAAAUGCUUUAGAUUUGGCCGCUCAAGCCACUGAGCAUGCUCAGUUCAAAGACUGGUGGUGGAAAGUCCAGCUGGGGAAAUGCUACUACAGACUCGGUUUGUAUCGAGAGGCAGAAAAGCAGUUCAGGUCAGCUCUUAAUCAUCAAGAGGUGGUGGACACAUACCUCUAUCUUGCUAAGGUCUAUCAGCGCCUGGACCAGCCAAUAACAGCACUGAACCUCUUCAAGCAAGGCCUCGACCAUUUUCCAGGCGAGGUCACACUGUUAACGGGAAUUGCCCGCAUUCAUGAGGAGAUGAACAAUAUCGCAUCAGCUACAGAGUACUACAAAGAUGUCCUAAAGCAGGAUAACACUCAUGUGGAGGCUAUUGCCUGUAUAGGCAGCAAUCACUUCUACACUGACCAACCUGAGAUUGCGCUUCGAUUCUACAGACGACUACUCCAGAUGGGGGUGUAUAACUGUCAGCUGUACAACAAUCUGGGUCUGUGCUGCUUCUACGCUCAGCAGUAUGACAUGACUCUGUCCUCAUUUGAGCGGGCCGUGGCCCUGGCAGCCAGUGAUGAGGAGCAGGCUGAUGUCUGGUACAACAUAGGACACGUGGCUGUGGGCAUAGGGGACUUGACGCUGGCCUAUCAGUGUUUUAAACUGGCUUUGGCUUUUCAUAAUGACCAUGCAGAGGCCUACAACAACCUUUCUGUGCUUGAGCUGCGCAAAGGUCAUAUUGAACAGUCUAAAGCCUUCCUGCAGACUGCUGCAUCGCUCGCCCCUCACAUGUAUGAGCCACACUUCAACCUUUCCAUUCUUUCUGAGAAGGUAAUUUCUCGCCAUCAUUCUUCACAGGGGAAAGCGAACAAUGCAAAUCCCAAUUGUUCAGUGGUAUCUAGUGAAAAACCUAGAUUAAAUAUUAGCAUCUGUACAAUAGAGUGUACUGCAGUGUAGCUUUUGUCUUGUGUCCAGGUUGGAGAUCUUCAGAGCAGUUACACAGCUGCUCAGAAGUCGGAGGACGCAUUCCCCGAGCAUGUGGACACCCAGCAGCUGCUCAAGCAACUUCGGCAACAUUUUGCAGUACUGUGAGCGUCCGGCUGA